GAAAAGGACAAAGAACUUGGAAAAAGAAAGACAGCCUCUGGCAUGACUUGUCUUCACGUACUAGCGAAAAUGUCAUCUGCUUUCAAGAGUUCCUCCCACGAGGACAACAUCAUCAAGACUCUCCUCUAUCAUUGUCUUCCUCACCAUCUAUAUGAUCGUGACGACGAGGGUGAGGAUGAUAAAGAUGAUGGUAGCAGCGAUGGUCGUGAAGCCGGUAUAAGAGAUUUGGAGAGCGAGCUUAGCAGCAAAAGCCCUCGCAUACCAAAAACACAUCCAUCAGCAAUUUCAAGAAUAUACAAUGCUAUGUGGAGAACUGCAGCCGAAGAGUGGCCAUCCAUCGAGAAAGUCUGGAAGAGGAGAAGAACAAACAAAUCAGCUCUAAAACUCACAAAAUUGCUAGUGCAAAUGGAUACUACGUGGGAAAAGAGUUUUAUAGUAGAAGACAAGACGCUUUUCUUGGGGAGUGUGGAUAGUUUGGAUGAUGUUUUUAUUGAUGUUGAAGGAGGAAAAGGAGGAAAAUCAAGCACCAGCAGUACUAGUACUACAGCUACUGUUGGAGAAGGUAAAUCAUCAGGAUCUGGAUCAGAACAGGAACCUUACACCCCAUUGCUGAUUGCAGCCACUGACGGAAUAGUUGAAAUAGUGGACGAGAUACUACAGCAGCAUCCUCAGGCAAUUGAGCACUUGAGUAAGGAUGAGGAAAACAUAUUGCACGUGGCUAUUAGCCACCGUCAAAGUCUUUCGGUAUCUAAAGAAGAUGGACGUAAUUCUGAGAUGUAGGUUGGUCUCGAGGCUCAAUGUGCGAGGCUACACCAUAUUGCAUCAGGUCGCCGACAUUAAAAACAGUCGUGAAGGAAACGAAACUGCUGGUGGCCCUGCAUUCGAAUUCAGGGAUGAGUUGAAAUGAUUCGAGCGUGUGCAAAAGAUUAUGCCACCCCAUUAUACCUUGCACCGCGACGAUGACGGUCGGACUGCAAGCGAGCUCUUCAGAGAGCAACACGCUCCGCUUCUCAACGAAGCAAAAAAGUGGCUAAAGGAUACCACUGGAUCGUGCUCUACCGUCGCCAUCCUCGUCGCCGGUGUUGUUUUCGGAGCUGCCUACUCCGUUCCAGGAGGUACGGACGAAUCCGGCGUCCCGAGAUCCCUUCACUCUCCCAUCUAUAUGGUCUUCACCAUCACGGAUAUUAUCGCCCUUGUGAGCUCCUUAACUUCCGUCGUCAUGUUCCUCAUGAU